CCAACUACGAACUCCCCACCAAAACCACACACACUUAUUAAUUUCCUCUCUUAACUACGCUUUGACAAACUGACAAAAUGAUGCUCUCCUUCUCUAAUACUAAUCAUUGUGCUAAUCACUUCCAUACUGCAUCAACUACUACUACUGAUAAUUCAAUGAAUUUAGUAGACUCACUCAUCAAGUCAAAAGGAUGUGGUGAAUCAACUCUCAAACAAAUGAUUCUUCAACAUGGUCGUGUAAUUAAAGGAACAAAUAUUUUGAAGGUCGAUUCAUUCCUCAAUCAUCAAAUUGAUCCAGAAUUGUCAAGAUUAAUGGGAAUGGACAUUGCCUCUCGUUUCAUUCUUGAUGGUGUCACUAAAGUUUUGACAUUGGAAACUUCUGGAAUUCCAAUUGCAUUAAUGGCAGCUCUCUACCUCAACGUUCCUCUCGUUUAUGCAAGAAAAGUCAAACCAUCAACCCUCACAGAACAAAUCUAUGCCACCAAAGUGCAUUCCUUUACAAAGAAUGUUGAAUACGAUGUUUGUGUCUCUGCCAAAUAUUUACAAUCAAAUGAUAAGGUUUUGAUUAUUGAUGAUUUCCUUGCUUGUGGACAGGCCACACAAGGACUAAUUGAUAUCAUUCAUCAGGCAGGAGCUUCCAUUGUUGGUGUUGGUAUUUCAAUUGAGAAGGGUUUCCAAGAGGGAGGAAAGAAAUUGAGAGAACAAGGUGUGAAAUUGGAAAGUUUGGCUGUCAUUGAUAGAUUCACCGAAGAAUCUGUGAUAUUCAGACAAUAAUUUGUUUUGAAUAAUUUGUUUUAUUGUAAAUAAUAAAUAUUAGAAUAUUAAUAUAUUU